AAUUAUAUCUUCCGUCUGUCUUCCUCUUCCCCUACUUUUUUUUCUUUUUUCUGUCUGGUGCCACCACAAGGAAUGUGAUGUCGUAACGGCCCAAUAAUCGGGAAGGACUCAUGGCCUAAUAAAGGACUGCUGCACCGAAACUUUCAUCCUGAAGACUUCAAAUCACUUGAGGAGGGAAAGAGGGGACAUGAGGAUUUAUCUCCUAAGAAAAGACUACUACUUGCCUGCAAGCACAUUCUCACCCCACUCUCUCUGUCCCUCUGCACAUCUUCAUGUUUCUAGUCAUUUGAAACAAGUGCCUUAACAAGCAGUCUAACUUGUUCAAAAAACUUUUGGGGCGAUGAAGAACAGGAUUUCACAGCGGGAGAGAGGAUGGGGGUGGCAUGUGCGAUUUGUGCAGUCUCUGGCGUACUUGACUAUGGUGUGAAGAGAAGCCCCCCGGAGAACUGAGAUGAUAUCAGUGAGCAUGAUGACAAUGAUAGAAGCUAAUGUUCUUGUGGCAAGCUUUCAGAAGUCCCACAAGGCCCUCAAUGGCUCCCCCCCCCUUCAUCCACUCAUGGAACAUGCCAUGCCUCUAGAGACCCAAAACUCUUUCCCCCUCUGUCUUCAGUGGGCCAACACUAAGAGACUUGACCAGACUCAGACCAGCCUUUCUCCUUGGCCAUGAGGACUCCUGCUUUGAGACGAAUGUGGAUUUAUUUCUUUUUAUUUUUUAUUUUUUUCCCUUUCCCAUAGUUUCUUUUUCUUCAUCCUUUUUUCCUCCUGAUUUCAGUGCAGUUUUGCAUUCUUAUUGGGUAGGCACUCUGUCCUAAAUGUGCCAUUUAUACAGAUCUGGCACAUUGUAAACAUUUUGUAAAUACUUCAUUUAUUUUUUUUAAAUGGAUUGUUUUAAAACAAGCUAAAAAGGCUGGAUGACCAUUUGAAAAGAAUUUUGGAAAGAUCUUUUAAAAUCAGGAUUCUGUCAGCACUGGACGGCACUAUUUUGUUUGCUUAUGCCAUUAUUUUCGCCCAUGGGAAUUAAGUUUAGCCGAGUUUAAACCUUUCCAGGUAGUGCGCCACCUUUUUGUUAUAACAAAUAAAAAAAAAUUGGGCUCCCACAUUUUCUUUUUAAAUCCAAAAACACUGUUCAAAUGUUUUGAGUCUAAGCUUCUAAGUGUUUCAGCAGGUGGUGCACUUGUUCACUAAAUUGACUCGCAUCCAUUACCCAGUGUUGACAAGUUCCUGACGUGGGUUGCUCAAAUAAAUGGCCUCAUUUUAGGGUUGAGAAAACAUGAGGCUUAUUUGCUUUCCAGCCUUUUGCUUGUAACACUGACUUAUGAGGCACUCAGCAGGGUCCCCUAACUCGGGUGACUCUAAUCAUAGAGGUAAUUUAAUAUUUUCAUCAUGUAAUAGUGCUACUCGCUGCAGUGCAGCUCAAAUUGGCAAUGUGCAAAAAUGUUGAAUUUCUAAGCGAGAUGUGUAGCUGUUACAUGGGUUUGUGUUCACUGGCACUAGGACAUGAUGACUUUAAACAGGCCGUUUGGGGUGGGAGGAUUGAAAGGAACUUUGUUCCCAUUGGAAAAAGGAAAAUGGACAAAAAAAAAAUAACAACUGGAUGCCAAGACUUCUAAACGAUGGACUGACAUAAUGUAGCGGCAGAGAUAUGCAGUGCAUCGUGAGUCAGCAGGCUUUUCUUUUUUGUAACAAGACCGUGUUCUUAAGAUGCUGCACAGAUUUAACAGAAGAAUCUAAACCUUUUGCAGUGUGGGCUGCUCUUAAGUUUGAACUUUAGUUCAAGGGUUGGGCAAUAAUACAGCCUGCACACAUGCUGGGAGCACUUCCUCGGUUAGGGAAGAGGUGUUUAGACUGAAGGUGAGUUUUGUUUUUUUGUUUUGAGGAAGUAUUGUGGCAGGGACAAGGGUAUUUAAGAUUGGGUAUGGGUAUUUCAUGGGUGCUGAUAACCAAAUGAGUUUUUUUUUUUUUUUUUUUUUUUUUUUUUUUUUUUUUUUUUUUUUUUUUUGCAGCGGAAUAUUUAUCCCCCUCCCCCCCAAACACUAAUAGCCUUUAAAGAUUUUUGAGUGAAUUAUUAUUAUUAUUAUUAUUAUUAUUAUGAUUAUGAUUAUGAUUAUGAUGAUGAUGAUUAUUUUCUGGGGAUUGACAGAGGCUUGCUUGAGACACUUUAGCCCUUCUGCUGCUUUUUGAAUAAGUUUUGUGUUUUGACUCGUGACAUUUUGAGGGUUGUAACUUUAUGGGGUGGGCUGGAGGUUGGGAGGGAUACAAUUUUUCUUUUUUUGAUUAUUGGCACAAUUUACUUUGAUUUUUACGUUGGAGUUUAACAUCACCAACGUCCCCAUUAGAAAGUCAAAUACAGGUGAGAUGUUUUUUCUUUUAACUAAAUGGAUUUGCUUUGUCUACUGCGGAGUGUUGCUAUUAUUUUUCCUGAGACAAUUAAGCAAGUUUGAUCUAACUGUGGUUAGUUACCAAAUUAUGAGCAAAAAUUAUUCGCCCCAUAUUCCAGCACUUGCAACCUUUUCCCAGUGACAUUGCUUGAAUCCAAGUUUGUAUUCUCUUCUCUAUAGCACAUACCCCCAGUGUGCACAUGAAUGGUUCACCAGGCUAAUCAGCUUUGGUUUCUUUUGGGGGCUUUUUAAACAGAUCAGCUCUAGAGAGGAGUAUAUGAGUUACUGGGCUCUUUGGCAGCAGCCCGGUGUUUUUCAGUAACCACUUGCCGUGAAAAUCACUGUUCAUUCCUGAGGUGCUGUAAAGCAGCACAUGAUUGGAUGUGCUGUGGUCUUUGCCAUGGUGGUUGGGGUUUUGAUUUUAUUUUUUGUUUUCCUUUUAUUUAGAAGAAUAGGGUGGAGAACAUCUCACCUGUUUGAUAGUUAUCUGAAGCAUACAAAAAUUGCCACCUGGAAAUCCACUCUUUCUUCUAUAUAAUUUUUUUUUUUUUUUUUUUUUUUUUGGGGUGGGUGGGAAUAGGUUUUUGCUGCCCUGAUGUAUCUUUUCCUAUUCCAAUACUUUAUUGAUCUGUGCUGCAUUUCUCAAAAGCGUCGUGAGCUAAGUUGAUCGUAGAGAUCAUUGGUAUCAAUGGUUCUACGAUCUACUUGGGCUUGCAACGUUUUUGGGAAAUGCAGCCCUGUUCAGUGUUAGGGGUACUUGGAUACAUCAGUCUGGGUUAGUGGGUGGGAGGGAAAUGGAGAGAAUUGGUUUCAAAAUUUCAAAUGAACAAUUUGGGAGUUCAGGGUAAGGAAAAUUUGAUCUCUAAACUUUGCCCUUAAAUUUGAAAUUUUUUUUUUUUUUUUUUUUUUUUUUUCUUAACUUUUGGAUACUGCAGAUUAAAAUGACAAACCAAAUUUAAGAAAUCCAAAGGUUUUUUUUUUUUUUUUUUUUUUUUUGGUCCAACUUUUCAAUUUGGGUAAUUUCAAUUGGCAUUUUUUUCUCAGUGAUGCUACAUUUUUAAAGAUUUGAGAUGUGUAAAAGUGCAAUGGUUAACAUCUGUGAUGGUUUUUGUUUGAAAAAUAAAGCUCACUGAAGUUCCAUGUGUGUUUAAGGUGUCUUUUUUUUGCAGAGUUUCUCAUGACAUAAAUUCAUUGUUUUGGUGUAUGAACUUAAUGUGAAGAAUUCCACUUGUAAGACUUAAGACAGUAUGCUUGUUUGUGCUUUAAGUCUUUUAUAAAUGUCAGCUUCCAAUACUGCUUUAUCUCACUAGAUGUCAGUAUUUUGAGUUAUGAUUUCAUUUCUUCCCUAAAUUCAUCUUAUGUAACAUUUUCAUUCUGCCCCUAGUAACAAUCUGCAUACUGAUAUCUGACAGCGAAGUAUAGGCUAGGUGUGUUAUGCUCUGAAAAUGAUUCAUCAGUGCAGUAUGAUUUUAAACUGACCUCUAACCCCUUAAUCAUUGAUAAACAGCUCAGAGCUUUAAAAGUCAGGCUACAGUUUACUGACUGUUCGUUACUACGGACUAUCGAUAAUUUAGCUCCCCAAGAUGCACUGCUUAAUUGUGACAAUCUUUUCAUCCGUCCUUUUCUGUUCCGGAAACAUGCUUCUGGCACCUUGUGACAGCCCAAUCUACUGCACAGGAGAAGUCCUGCGACAGGUCCAGAUGGCUAAACUGUUUGAUGAUGAUAAGUACUUUGUAGAUAUGAAGUUGACUACAGCUCCUGAGGUCGUUGUGGAGGCUUUUGCAAAUCUGACCUCAGGGUUCCCAAACAAGACCGUCCCAUCCUCAGAGCUACAGAAGUUCCUGCAAACAUACUUUGAAGAGCCGGGUAAGGAGUUUGAGCAGUGGAACCCCCCAGACUGGCAUUCAAAGCCAAAAUUCUUAUCCAGGGUGUCUGACUCUAAAUAUCGCAGUUGGGCUGAAGAACUGCAUGGUUUGUGGAAGUCUCUUGGUCGAAAGAUCCGUGAUGAUGUCAGAGACCACCCAGAGCUGUACUCGCAGAUUUACACCCCAUACCCAGUCGUCGUGCCUGGUGGCCGCUUUAGAGAACUCUAUUACUGGGACUCUUAUUGGGUAAUAAACGGCCUCCUUUUGUCUGAGAUGACCGAGACAGCUCGAGGAAUGAUUCUGAACUUCAUGUUCCUUGUGGAAAGAUACGGCUUUGUCCCAAACGGUGGUCGAGUUUAUUACGAGCGGCGCAGUCAGCCUCCCUUCCUUCCCCUAAUGGUGGAAAGCUUCUAUGAGGUCACCAGAGACAAAGAUUUCCUCGGGCAGGUUUUGCCAGCGCUGGAAAGAGAGUACAGCUUUUGGAUGCAGAAUCGCUCUCAUGUUGUGGCGAUAAAUGGACUGACUCACAUCCUGAAUCGAUAUAAUGUACCGGUGGACAGGCCCAGGCCUGAGUCCUACAGUGAUGAUGUCGAACUGGCUGAGGGUCUGUCAACAGAGGCUCAGAAGAGACUUUGGGUGGAAUUGACAUCUGGGGCAGAGUCCGGCUGGGAUUUCUCUUCUCGCUGGUAUAUAGACAUCACAGGCAGAAACAACGGCACCCUGAGCGACACACAGACAAGCUCCAUCCUGCCUGCUGACCUCAAUGCCAUUAUGUGCCGCAAUGAGCGUCUGCUGGCCUCCUUCCACAGGAUUCUGGGUAAUGAAGAGAAGGCAGCGGAAUAUGACAAGGCACUUUCUGCUAGAAUUAUAGCGGUUGAAAGCCUGCUGUGGGAUGCAGAGAGAGGAGCCUGGUUUGAUUUCAGCCUGGUGAACGAGACCCGGCACCUGUCCUUCUACCCAUCUAACCUGGCACCUCUCUGGGCACGCUGUUACUCUAAGCUGGAGAUGGGCGAUCAGGCCGUGCAGUACCUGAGAGCUAGUGGAGGUCUGGACUAUCCUAAUGGGGUUCCCACCUCUCUUAGUGAAAGUGGGCAGCAGUGGGACAUGCCCAACGCCUGGCCUCCGCUUCAACACAUGAUUAUAGAAGGUCUCUCCGGGCUCGAUUCAGCCCACGCUAAAGAGAUCGCCUUCAGUUUGGCCCAACGGUGGAUACAGACCAACUGGCGGGCGUACAUCAAAUAUGAGGCCAUGUUUGAGAAGUACGAUGUCAACGGUGAUGGAAAGCCCGGAGGAGGUGGCGAGUAUGAAGUUCAGUUGGGAUUCGGAUGGACCAAUGGGGUUGCUCUGCAGUUGCUGGACCAGUAUGGUGAUAGGCUGAGCUCUGGAGGGUGUGUCCUGAAUGCCAGCGUUCUGAUUGGACUCAUCUAUCCCUUAUUAAAAUCUCUGUUCUAAUUCUGAUCCAUGAAGUCUGGAGGCUAAAGCAGAGAAACAUGAGCAAAUCCCACAUCUCUAUUCAACAGUUGACGCUCAAAUGAUUCAAUCGAUGUUAUUCUGUCAGUCUGACUUGCUUGCUUUUUUGGUGUCCUGUUGUGUCUUUUUUGUCUUUAAUUUGCAGAAUCAAUUCAUCAUAUUGUACCUGUUGUUGUUUGUAAGAGAGAAUUAUAUGAGUCAAUCUCACAUAUUUCUUUUUUGGGUGAAAUAAGACAUAUUGUACUCAAAGUAACUAAGACUAAUAAAUAUUAUUUAAUGGACAUGAGCUAACAAUGACUAGUUGUAUUUUUAUUAACUAACAUUUGCAUAGAUGAAUAAAUACUGUAUCAAAUAAAUGGCUUUUUGUUAGUUAAUGCGUUAAUGUUAACCAAUGGGACCUUAUUGUAAAGCGUUACCAAUAGUUUUGUAAUUUAAGUUAUGUACACUCAUGAAGACUGCAUGUUUUCAACAGAUUUACCCAGAAGUAAUUAUAAUAAACCAGUUUAGAAGGCUGUGAUAUGAACAUGUAACUGAAAUUCCAAUGGAAAAUAGUAGAUAGCAUGUAAUAUUUCAGGUUCAUUGUCUUAGGUAGUAAUUAAUGUUGCUGCAGUGGCAGGAUCAGGAGAUUAUCAUUAUGACUAAUCCAAUUAAAAGGCUUAUUGUGGAACUUUGCA